AUGAAUUUAGAUUCCAUUCAUCGAUUAAUUGCGGAAGCACAAAUCUUCCAGAUGCAGCAGUCAUCACUGAAAUCACCUUGUGACUCAGUAGUGCCUGCCUCACCCCGCAGGGAAGCCUGCCACUCCUAUUUGCCACUUUAUGGGCUCCAGUCUCAUGCCACCCAAAAUGUCUGUGCACACUCACACAGCACCAAUGAAUGGGACAUCAGUGAAGAGCUUCGUCUGCGGGAACUUGAAGAGGUGAAGGCCAGAGCUGCUCAGAUGGAAAAGACCAUGCGGUGGUGGUCAGACUGCACUGCCAACUGGAGAGAAAAAUGGAGUAAAGUUCGAGCCGAAAGAAACAGUGCCAGGGAGGAAGGAAGACAGCUAAGAAUAAGGUUAGAGAUGGCACUGAAAGAAUUAAGUACACUGAAAAAGAAGCAAAGAUUGCCCCAUGAGAAAGAAGCUCUAGAAGUUAAAGUUACCCAGGACCUGGAGCGUCCUUAUUUCUUAGAAGCCUAUGCACAAGAAGAACAAUUUCAAGUUCAUUCACAAACAAGAGAGUGUUUGGUAAAAAAUCAAUCUUCUGCAAAAGAGAACACAAAUAGCAAGGUAAAAAAAAAAAAUCCACAGAGGGUCCUAGAGAUUAUGUAAAUGUGUUAAUGCUGUAUAGAGUGAUGGGAAGGAGCCCUGGUGGCAUGAUGAUUAAGUGUUUGGCUGCUAACUGAAAGGUUGCUGUUAGAACCCACCAGAGGAUGUGGGAGAAAGACCUGAAGAUCUGUUCCCCUAAAGAUUACAGCCUUGGUAAACUUAUGGGGCAGUUCUACUCUAUCGUGUAAGGUCUCUAUGAGUUGGAAUCGACUUGAUGGCAGUCGGUUUUUUUUUAAUAGUGAUAGGGAAGCAGGGAUAUGUGGCAAGCUGAACAGUGACCAUGCUGGUAUUUUUAGUGAAAAUUAAGCCAGUGUUUAUAAAAAAGAAAAUUUUGAUGAUAAUUCUCUCAUUAUCCUUGCUAUAUGAAUAAUAAGGGAUCCGUAGAGUAGUUUUACACUUCCCAAGAUGUGAAACUCUGGUCUGACAGUUAACUCCUUGCAAAAUGGGUUCCAUAUGCAAAUACUUUUAGGAAACA